AUGAAGAAGACAAGGCUGUGCACCGCGUGGAAGAAGACGACUGCCAAACUGGAAGUGGCAUUGGCAGCUGAACGAAGGGCAUACAAGCAAGCCAAACGUCAGGCAAUCCAACUGAGACGGGACUUUCUUACGGUUCAGACAACGGAUGCGAAGAAGAAGAAAUGGAAAUCCCAGAAGGCCCACGAUAGAUUCCUUUGGUUACGACGAAUGAAGCAACAAGAGGAGGCGAGAUGUCGUCGUCGCGCCCAACAAAAAGGAUCUACAGGGGGUUUACGGGCUAUUCAGUUUGAAGAACAAUUACCAGAUGGCACUCCGCAUCUGCGUACUAUCACCGACCGUGCUCUGGUUGAAGAAGGUUGUAUGCAAGAAAACGCGGCACGGUACGACCAGACGUGUGCUCCAUAUACAACUCCACCUAUGGUGGAACCCUUGUAUACAGCAUUCACCGGCACUCAGGCUGAAGCUAAUUCCAUGGCACUAUUGGAAGACCGCUACUCCCUGCCCAGCCUUCUUGACCCUGCCACUACGGCCUUUCUUUCACAUUGCGGAUUUCACAAGGAUCACUUACCUGUGCACCUUGAGGUUACGACCUCUGAUCAGGUGCACUUCUGGUCUCAAAAUCCGGAGGACAAAGGCUCAGAACCUCAUGGCUUGCACAACGGACACUUCAAGGCAGCGGUUCAGUCACCAGUUAUUGCCUAUUGCGACGCCCAUUUUCGCAAUAUUCCUUUGGCAACGGGAUUCGUCCCCUCAAAUUGGCAGAACUUGGUGAAUUUUGCAAUUGAGAAAAAGGCAGGUAACUUCCGGCUGUCGACAAUGCAUACUAUUCAGUUAAUGAAUUCGGAGGCACAGGCGAACAACCAAAAAGCCGGUCGGGCGGCCAUGCAAUAUGCCAAGGAACACUCCUUGAUUCCGGACGGUCAGUGCAGUUCUCGGAAACGCCACCAGGCCAUUGAUCUGGCCCUGUCCAAACGUCUGGUCUGGGACUUGUUGAUUCUCCAACAACGCGCAGCUGGGUGGAUCUCUAACGAUGCCAAAUCCUGCUUUGAUCGUAUUGUUCAUUGGGUGGCAAUCAUUUCGAUGCUCCGGUUUGGGCUGACAUGGAGGGUCCUAUCCUCCAUGUUUCACAUGCUGUCAUCAGCGACGCAUCGGGUGCGGACAGGCUUUGGUGAUUCAGAACGUACUUUCAAGCUGCCUUCCGUUAUCCCCUUCCAAGGCUGUGGUCAGGGUAAUGGGGCUGGACCCCCUAUAUGGAUCUCCGUCAGCUCCGUUCUCAUUACCAUGAUAGAAGCGAUGGGUUACGGCUUUGAGUGCCUCUCAGCACUGGAGUCACAGUUGGUCACAGCCCAAUGCUUCUGCUUUGUCGACGACACCGAUGUCAUUGAGGCCGGCAAUACAGUACAUCACUCGGGUGAAGCUAUAUGUGCAUUGGUGCAGGACGCCGCCACUCUGUGGGCUGGGGGAAUCCGAGCCACAGGAGGUGCGAUCAACCCCGAGAAGUCCUUUUGGUGGCUCAUUGAUUUCAAGUGGGACUCAGGCACAUUUAAAUGGAAAUUCCGUGGAAAUCAAGCAGUUGCCCCCAACUUUGAACUCCAAAUUCAAGGUCUUUCAGGUGCUACUGAAUCCUUGCGUCGCCUUGAACCAGACGACUCGGAACGCACUUUGGGAGUUAUGCUUUCUCCCUUGGAAAACCUUGAGGCUCACAUGGCUCAGAUGGUUGCUAAAGCUAAGGAUUGGGCAGAACAGCUUCGACCCAACCUGCUUCACAAAUAUGAUGUCCUUCCCCUCAUCAGGUCGACCAUCAUGAAGAAAUUGGAGUAUCCGAUGGCGCUAACAACCCUGGAUGCCCAGCAAUGGACAGUCAUUAUGUCUCCGGUACUUCAAGUGUGCCUUCCGAAGGCGGGUGUCUGUCGUAAUUUCCCUCGGGAUGUCGUAUUUGCUCCGCUGUCCUAUCAGGGUCUUGGACUUCCACAUCCGUUUGGUUGUCAAGUGUUUAAGCACCUUGAGAUGUUGCUCCGACAUAUGGCCAACAGGACCAAAACUGGUGACUAUAUGGAGGCCAACAUCCAAGCCCAUCAACUUGAAACGGGGACGUCCUUUGGACUUCUGCAACAAGUCUACACCAACACGGCGAUCCUCGCUUCAGACACAUGGUUGAAACGAGUCUGGCAUGAGCUCGAAGGUUUGGACAUCUAUGUCGCCUAUGACUCUCCAGCCCUCUCCCUUCGAUGUACGGACGACUCCCUUCUGAUGGAUCUCUUCAUCAACUUGGAGGUUGAACAGGAGGAACUUUUAUGGCUCAAUUGGUGUCAAAUGUUCCUCCAGGUAUGCACAGUGUCUGACAUUGUGACUGCUGAUGGCAGGUUUAUUCGUCGCUCCGCGUGGAAUGGGCUCAGGGAUGAGUGCUGCCGCUCGCCAUACCAAUGGCCAAGGACAGUUCGCCCAACAAGGCAACACUGGGACCUGUGGCAGACCACCUUGUCCAGAGCCCUGUUUGCCUCCAACGGGCCACAUCACCCACUACAACAGCCCUUGGGGCCAUGGACUGACCGUCUGGAGGACUGGAAUUGGUUACUGUCCCCCACCACAGGCCUUUUCCACCGCCAUGGGGCAACCUGGAAACACUUUAGCUCUGCGGGCUCUCCCACCACGUCACGUCGCUACGCACCAGCGCCGUCACCUCCUUCCUGCCCAUGGUGGACUGCACCGCUUCCUUCUGACACUCUUUGUGCUACGGUUCGCUCCAUCACAGGAUAUGACAGGGUUCUUCUCACCGGUACUGGCCGUGCCUCUGAACCGUCUGCUUCCUCCAGCCCAUCCAUCCUUCACACGUGGCAGACGGCUGCCGAGCUCUGCACGGACUAUUACGGGUGGGUCCCCGAUGAGAUCGAGGUUCACGGUGACGAAGCCACCUUAGCUGAUGCUCUGUUGGACGGUCGCCUGCGUGUGAUCAGCGAUGGAUCCUUCAAGAACGAGUUGGGGACCGCGGCGGUUCAACUCCUGGUGAAGCAUGAAGGAUGCCAUCAAAUCAUCAUCCGGUGUCAGACUCCCGGUUUGCCCCAGGACCAGAGUCCAUAA